AUGUCGCAACUAUGGGCCAAGUGGAAAAGCCGGCCCCCUAAAAUCAACCUCCUCGGCGUGGAGUUUGCAUGGGAUGACCUGACGCUCAAGCGGCUGGUAAAAACCUUUGUCAACACCACCUUUUGUCUGAUUUUCUGUCUCAUUCCGGCCUGUGUGCACCGAAUCGGAAAGGUAGGCUACAUGUUGACUCUGUUUUCCGUGAUUGUUCCGCCGGCAAAGCGACUGGGAAAGGAGGUUGAGAGUAUCGUCAUUACUCUGUUGGGCCUGGGUCUGGGUGUAGGAUACGCCAACCUGACACGGUACAUCGCCAAACUACCAUUACGACAUAUGGAACUCAAGUCAGAGAAGGGUCUGAGUGGAAACCCAGACUAUAGAAGCGCGCUGGGAAUUUUGGCGCUGGGCGAGUUUCUCAUGCUCAUGUUCCAUGGAUAUUGGCGGUCCAAGAUCCCCCGUAUCUUUGCAGGGGUACUAACCUUCCUUAUCGUCACACAUUUCUCCUACCUGUCCGAUCUCGAGGUGUCUGUGCAGAACAUGUGCAUCAACUUUGGCUAUCCAAUCAUGCUGGCGUGCGGUACGUCGAUUUUUUUCAAUGUGACCAUCUUCCCCGAGUCGGGUUCUACGGACCUUGGAAAGGUCACGGUGGCUCUCAUUAAGGAACUCAAGACGUCCAUCUCUAUGACAGUUACCUACUUUGUCAACUCGGCCGAAAUCAUGCGAGUCCAUUUGGAGGAAGAACAGAGGCGGGAACAAGAGGCUUCCAACGGAGGAGCAGAGUCGCCGAAAUCGAUCCAUGGAAACACAGACGAUUCCAACGAGACCCCAGAGACGUAUGUUCCGGAGUCUAUUCACGACAACACCAAAAUCGACAACAAUCAGUCCCAGGCAUCUGUAUCCCCUGAACUAGACAUUACAGAGCUCGGAACUCUGCUGAAAAAGAAGACAGCUCUCACAGCCAAGUACACGUCGUGCAAGGCUGCCCUGACAGAGUGCACGUUCGAAAUCACCUAUGCUUACGUGUCUCCCACGGUUCUGAAACCCACAGUCAAACUGUUGAACGGCAUAGUCAAGUCUGCGGGUGCCAUGUUGGAUGCCUGUGAGCUGGAAUUUGCACUGCUCGGAAAAGUACAGGCUGCUCAGCUCCAAAAGACAAACAGUAGCUCUAACCAGGCGGCCGAGGAGGAGCAGGAUAUUAUCAAGCGUCUGAAACCCGAGCGAGAAAUCGUGCAUGGAAACAAGGAGCUCCUCCUAGCCAUGGUUUCUCGAGUCGCAGAACCCAUCCAUGUGCUCGAUAAGGCCAUGACUGACGCGUUUGACCAUGCCGUUCACGCUGUUUGCUACGCAUUUUCCGUCGGAGAGCAGCUGCCCAAUAUUCGUGACUUUCCAGACAAACGGGAGGAGUUCAAGGACGCCAUUGAGACUUUCGACGUUGUGUCUCGGUCCGCACUGGCGUCUCUGGACUUUGGUACUGUCGAUCACGACCACAUUGACGACUAUCUUCUUCCCCGAGACGAGCUGUUCCUCCUCGCCUCUUUCAUUCUUAACCUCAAGUCUUGUGCUUUGAGUAUCAUGAGCUUGCUUGACGAAGCCCAGGCUCUGCAUGCUACACGUCGCAAGCGAGAAGACGUGCGUGGAUGGCCUAUUUUAGGCAAAAAGCGACUGUGGUCGGCGAUGUUCGAGAACAGAAAGAGCUUCUCCAAGUACUUUUUCUCGCGAUCAGAUGACGCCAGAAACGACGGAGAUAACAUUGAAGGACACGAUGUCUUGACAUUCACACAAAACCUGGAGACUAGAGAAGCUGCCAUCACACGUCAAAUGUCCAACACUGACCAGCCCAAGGAUCUGAAGGAAGCCCAACCUGCUUCUGAGAAGAAAACAAAGGAAUCGCAUUAUGUGCGGUUCCGCAACAAGUGGAAAAUGUUUGAUUUAUGGAUUGGAAACCACAUUGCCAACAUUAUCGAAGUCACUCCUGCAGAAGAGAAACACUGGAAAUUUGCUCUCAAAGUGACAAUCCCGAUGUUUCUCGUAUCCUGGCCCAUGUUUGUGCCUUCCAUGCGGCUGUGGUACAUCAACAUGCGAGGCUCUUGGGUCGGUUUUGUGGUUGCCCUGGUUACGGAGACGACUCUGGGAGGCUCCGUUUUCAUUUUCAUCCUCCGAACAAUCGGAUUAACUAUUGGGUCGGCUUGGGCUGUUCUGGCCCAUACUGCUGGACGAGGUCACAUUCACUCAGUUAUGGGAGUGGUCAUGGCUGUCAUCUUUAUCCCUGCCCUAUGGUUCAUGUUGGCCACCAAAUACUUCAAGGGAGGCAUGAUUACGGUUGUGUCUGCUAAUGUGGUCCUUCUGGCCACUCUAUACCCUACGACUACAGGUGGAAUUGUCACCAACUUUGCCAAACGAACUCUGGCUAUGAUGAUCGGAGGAGGAGCGGCUCUAUUAGGACAAUUAUUCUUAUUCCCAGUUAAGGCGCGAGAAGAGCUCGUGGUGGUGACCGUCCAGGCGAUCAGAGAGUGUUCUCGAAUGGAGAGAAUCAUUGCUUACGGCUUUGACGACCCUGCCACUGCUCAGAAGGAGUUCAAAAAGUGCGCUAAGGUCGCCAGAGGUUCACUUACAGCUGCAGCGACCUUCAGAACUUUCACCAAACAGGAGCCUCGUCUUAAGGGCUCUUUUGAGGAGAUUUCCAAGAUAUUUGGCGAGAUCAUUUUCGUGACUCGACAGAUUAUCGACCGACUGGAGAACAUUGUCUUCUUACGUCAACAGUAUGGAUCUGUGGUUCUGGACGAGUAUGGACCUGAGGUUCUGGCCUACCGACGUCAGACUGCCGCUGCAAUCACCACGACUCUACGUGCAGUUGAAGCAGCUCUUCUGAAUAAGACACCCCUGCCUCAGUAUAUGCCCAGUGCUCGUUUGGCGCAUCGACGGUUUGUGAACCGAGUUCGAGAGGUCAUGAUCACACGACUGAGCCAGAACAAGCAUCAUCAUAGCGUUCCCAAUAUUGGAACUCCAGCGGUAGGUACACCUCGUGACACACCUCGAGAGACCCCCCGAGAAACCCCUCGAGAAACCCCCUUGGCCACUCCUCUAGGCAAUCCUUCGCACCCUGAGUUAUCUUCUCGAGCCAGUCUUCCCAAUGUUCAUACUGGGUCUCCUAGACGAUGUUCGGAAGGAGACACCACUCGAGAGAAGGCUUGUGUUCCUGAUUUGGUGGUCAAUGAUACAGACACACCCCAUGCUCUGCACCACAGUUCUGAUGACACUUCAGACUCGGAUGACUCGUCUCAGGAGAUUGAGAUUGUGCCUCGAGCCCGAACACAGCAGCAGCAGCAGCAGCAGCCACACGACUACCUCCAACAUCGAGCCGUCGUGUUGCAGCAAAAGUUCAUGUCGUGGAGUGCGACUUCUUCGGCCGUGGAGGAGGUCAUUGAGUACGUGGAAGAGUUGGCUGAUCUCACAGCGCUGCUUGUGGGUGUCAACAAAUUCAAGUACGGCUUUCUUUCGCGUCCCAUUUACGCUGAAUGGGCUGCUUCGGCAGCUCGUGCUUACGACGAGGUUCUGGCUCCCCACGAUCCUCUCAAGGCUGACAACGACGAUGAAGAACCUGACGAGACACCCCAUGAGCUACGAACGGCAGCUGAUCAUACUCCAGACAUUCUGGAUCGAGAUCAUAUCCCAAGAGGCCUUCGAAAGCGGGUCUUUUCUGUCGUGGAACACAAUGGACAGAUCUAUGGAGGAGGCGAGCACCAGUACAACAUGGUUCCAGGCAUGCCUGCAGUUGACCGAACGACUUCUAGACAGUCUCAAAAGUCAAACAAGUCGCACUUAUCGCAGCCGGUUGCUCGCAAGACCUCCAGUAAUGCCUCCAUGCCUCCUCUUACACGACGGCAGUCUAUUCGGUCUGUGGUUGGAGCUGUCAAUGACAGUCCGGAGCCCGAGAGUAAGUACUUGACAUUGAGACGGCGAAUGGGACGCAAGAUUAACAAGAAGCAUUAG